ACGGCGGGUCGGACGCGCAGAUACCGCAGAGCGGAUGGAAGAGCUCUGGCCAGUAGACCCAAUCGCAAAUUAGGAAGACUGACGCCGCUACCAAUCAACUAUGUAGCCACAAAACGGCCCUAAACAACCUGCCCAAUGGCCACAUUACAGGAUGCGGUCAACAUCGAAGAGAGGAGUCUGUGCAGCUGCACAAGCACUUGCUGUAACUGCUGCUAUAUCUGUAGACGGGAAGUCUUCGAGAGGCUGAGGGCAAAGGCCUGGGGAGCACGGCCAACCAGCCCGAUGCCUCACCACAGAUCGGAGGUCCGCGCGUCGACGCCAAGCCAACUAAAUAUCAGUUUGGGGAUUCCGCGGACGAGACGUCCUGCGACCAGUACCAGCAGACGGUCAUUCAACCCCUCGAGAAAGGGGCCGAAAGUUGUCCGGUCUACUUCCGCCUAUGGGAGACUUGAGAUGACGACUACGGAGCCCCGGUCGCCUAAGAAGUCACCUCGGUAUCUCCAGCAAGAUGAUACGUCCACCCCUGGGGUCAAAGUAGCAACCUUCUGCGACUGGUCAGACAGCCUCAACGACGUCGGAAGCACCAGAUUGAAUUCGUCGUGCGAGCGCCCAGCGUUUCCCCAGCGCCAUCCAAACGCGGCACGGGUCGCCAAGAUGAAGCAGUACUAUAGUACUGGGAUAAGGAUGCUUAGUGGGAGGCUCUUUGUGAAGGAAAAGACAAGUUUGACAAAAGGAGAACGAGAAAUAAUCACGGGAAUUGUGCAAAAUCGAGGUGAUAUUCAAGCGGAGGACGCCCUGGAGGACUUUUCUAACCCAGGAGGAUUACAAUCACAUCGAGACGCCUGGCUCUUGGGUAAGAACUAUAACAGACUAUCGCACCCUAUGAUCCGAGGGGACGACCCUUAUACUUGUAACUGCCACUUUCAGGGCCAGCGAAAUGACAUUGGUUGCAUGAACUGUAAUCCGUCCAAAAGAUACUGCCAGCACUGCUGUGUGAAAUCUUUAAAAGCUCAGGCGCAGCAGCGCGUCCCACAGCAACAAACGAAUUCAUUGGACUUAAACGUUUUACCUGUGCCUAUGCCGCCGAACUCUCAAUCCGAGGAGUGGGCAAAGAAAAGAAAGAUUCCUCCAAUAAAUUCGAGCAAGGGAGCUGUUUAUGUUAAAAAUGUGAUGUACGAGAACAAAGAGGAACCGAGUAAUCUUCAAAAGCGGACAGUCGUAGAUGUCUACCUGCCGCGUCUGGACGCCAUGGCGGCGGGGUUGAAUCAUGAACCACCAGCCCCUCCGUCUUCGCCAGUCCAGGAUUUAGACCAUCCCAGUUGGUGGAACAAAGGAUGCGAACAUGAUGAACGUGAUCCUGCAGAGGAGUAUCAUGUGACGAGUCCCCAUUCCUUAGACUUGAGGUCUCUGAGACGAGAAAUAGGCAUGGUCGACGAGGGCGUACAGGUAGUGAGACCUUUGACUUAACAACUUGAUAGUUAAGUUUUUAAUGAGGUGCUUGCCAAAGGGACUCUAAUUUCAUUCAUUGAUGCGAUUUCAUCGUAGACCACUUAGCGUGCAACUGUCCGAGAAAAAUGAUGUUAGUUUCUCCUUUCCCAACGUUAGCAUUCUUGAUGACGAGAUGGUAGAAGCAAUUUUGGAGUUUCUGAUGGUUUUAAGGGAGAUUAUUACCGGCGGUCGCCAAGGUACAUGUACCAACAAUAACUUUCCAAAAAUGAGUUUGUAAGGCAAAGGAGGAUAAGAAGAGAUCGUGAUUAGGCUGAUAUGGUUGUUUUUGGUAGGUAUGCUGGGAAAUUGAAAUGUGUUGGCUUCGCCGUUCUUGUCAUCUUUCUUUAUGGAUUCAGUUGAAGGUCAUCUUAGAAUUGCUUGCUCUGAUGAUUUUUUUCAUUCCCGUACCAAAUUUCGUCUUUUCUCAAAUGUUGAUGCCAGUCUGUUCUAGUCAUUUAGAGGGGAGAGGGUUCCGACCAGAGGGAUAAAAUAUAUCAUCUCCCGUGGCAUCAAACUUGAGAUGAUGCCUUACCGAGCGAUACAAGCAAAGUUGUGACCAGACCAUAAAACUGUUUUAAAAUGUUGUGCGCGGCUUGUUGUAAUAGCGCUUUUCAUUCUUUGACGUUAUGCUAUUAUUGCAAUAUCUGUGAUGUGACUGUUAAAUGGCUGGCUAUCUCCAGUUGACUACAUCUCUAUUUGGAAUGUUGUGUAAAUAAACUGUUAAUUCUCAGGUGAUGUUCUGUUGUUACCCUACUAUAUCCUCCCCCAUGAAACCCUCGUCGACAUAUCAAACCAGACGAACAGGCAACUGGU